AUGCAGACUACUUCUACAAACAUUUGUGAAAGAAUGGCAAUAAUCCAUCUGUGAAAAUUCCUUCCUACUAAAUAUUCCACGGUCAACUGUUAGUGAUAUUAUAACAAAGUGGAAGCAACUGGGAACAACAGCAACUCAGCCAUGAAGUGGUAGGCCACGUAAAAUGACAGAGCGGGGUCAGCACAUGCUGAAGCGCACGGUGUGCAGAAGUCACCAACUGUCUGUAAAGUCAAUAGCUAAAGACCUCCAAACUUCAUAUGGCCUUCAGAUUAGCACAACAGUGCGUAGAAAGCUUCAUGGAAUGGGUUUCCAUGGCAGAGCAGCUGCAUCCAAG